AUAAGGUCACUUGAUUCUGUGGCAUCGUUGACUCAUCGCUCGAUCGAGGACCUCGACUAGAGGUCCUCCCCUGUGCACCUGCUACAAUUCCAGCUCAGACUGAGUCUCAGCAGAUGCCUGGUCAUUCUGUAAUUGACGGGGCCUCGAUGACGACUGUGCUCGGGAGCUCCACGAACGACCAAAUUCCCGUCACUCCAACACCUUCGUGCUCAUCCUCGACUACGAACCCGGACGGGUCGAGCGAUACUGACAGCGAUCUCUUCUUGAGUUUGUUCGACCAAACCAGUCCAGGUUACUCACCGACUGCAGACAGAGGUGGACGCCCAUAUCCAUAUACUCGGUCCAAGACACGGUGGCGAAAGAGGCCAAACGACGAGCUAAAGUAUCUGCGAGGUCAAGUUGUCGAGUUAGAGAAUCUGAGAGCAGCGCUGAGUCACUCCGACUCGCGACCGCGACGAAUAGUCAACCAAAGUCAAGUUCUACACACACUUUGCGAAGAGAACCACGCUAACAAGCUGCAAGCUGCGCUCAACGAGAACCGAAAGCUGCGAGCAAUGGUAGCGAGUAAUUAUCACCUCGCUCGCUCGCUUCAAGCGGCAAUUGACGAGCAGUUGCGACUGCGAGCAGGGAAAAUAUCAUGGCCGAAUAGUACAGCAGCGUCGGACGAGUUGAUCUUUGCCUUGCUGGAUGAAGAGAAGGAUCGACAGUUCGCUAUGCUCGACAAGGUGUUGGAGGACAGCGGGAUCGCGCGAGUAUUUCACUCGCUUUUCUCGUCCCUCCAGCUCCAGCACAGUGAGAAUGGACUGGUGUUCCAGCACAACGAAGUGCGACUGCUUCCUUUCAGUGUUACGGAUGUGGCUCGUUCACUUCGACAUUGUUUGAGCUACGGAUCGAGGGUUGGGCCGACUAAGCACUGCCGCGAUAUUCAGAUGUAUGAUAAAUACUUCCAUGCUGUCACAGUUGACAAGGUGGAACUUCCAGAGACCCAAGCUACCGAGGUCAACUCCAGGGUCGUGCAAUUAUGUGUCGCUAGACCUGAGAACACCGUCGUGACCUGGUCGGGAUAUGUCGAGUACAAAGGCUCCAAAGUAAUCCGCUUGCUGGAGAAGACGUGGAUUGUUAUGGAAGCGAUCCCCUUGGGAAAGCUCGGUAUGCUCGCUAUGGGAGAACGGACUCACGGCACGUUGAUGCGAGUCGUAGUUCGGCUGACACCGGUGGAAACCGAGUACGAUCUAAAGAAGAUAAGAGAUGUCGAGGAAAUGGCCAACGUCGUUGUGAGCACGUACCAGCGCAAUGGACAACGGAUGCUCCAGGCGAUGCUGGAGUACUUGAGAGAUAGCCACCAAAGUCGGUAAACAACCUGGAUACAAGCUCAGCAACAGAAGAGUGAUAAUCACGAAGUUCAGUAAAAUUCCUACCACGAUGUGGCAAGAGUAUGACGGAUGGAUUGCAGGAAUAAGUGUAACUUUAGAAACAUCGCAAGCGCCACUACCUUGGUACGGUAGACAUUGGAGUCGGCCACAGUACUACAUGUAAGUAGUAUGCAAGCCAGUGCCACGCCGACCUAAGUGAAAAUGCCUACCUACUGUAGCGUAUUGCGGUCGUGGGGACUUCCUGCAUAUUUGUUGACUCAGACCAUUCUCUUAUUUUAUGACAUUUGGCAGCUAUGCACA